UAGUAGUAAGUACCAAUCAUUUGUCGCCCAUACGCAGCAUUGUCGCCCUACUUGCAUCGCAACGUAGCUCUUUGCCCUUAACAAUUGGCUCUAAUUGCAAAUGCCAUUUGCAUAAUCAAGCAUCACAUUCAGCGCCCAUGAAGUGUCAAAAUUGUCACUUCAACAAGUUUUGGUCUUUGUGAAUUCCUAUCUCUCUAUUUCUCUCUCUCUCUCUCUCUCCCUCUCUCCUUGCUGCAGCUGAAAACUCUCCUCCCUCUUUAAAACAAAACCUAAAUGGGAAGAGUUUUAUGGAUAGUCUCUUCAACUCAAAGUCAUACCCAAAUUAGUUGAUUAAGAAAGCUGGAUUCUUGUUUUCUAUAUUUGCAACUCAAAUUGGUUAAUGCCAGGUACUUCAAUUUAGUUAAAGAUUCUCUAAAUGCACGAAGCAUGAAUUUUGCAUUCCUCCUAUUUGCACAUGGAAAAAACUGGAGUAGCCAAGCCUUGCAGACUUGGAGACCAAAGCACUAGUGACAUUACUGUUCACUUGAGAAAUAGUGAUGGAAGACCUGAAAUUUUCUAUUCUCACUCUUCCAUUCUGGUAAAGAAGAGCAAGUUCUUUGCACAUUGGUGCUCUAAUCCAGACUCUGGUACAUGUUUUGAGAUUCACUGCUCGGAGUAUAAUUAUGAUCACCAUGUUAACUUUUUGAGAUUGCUGUAUCUCCCUGCACAUCUGCUUUUGGACUCCUUAGAAUCUGUCAAAUCUGCUGUUGGUAUACUUGAGGUGUCAGUUGCAUUCAGCUGUGAAGAGAUCACGAGGAGCUGCAUUCAGUACCUAGAGGCUGUUCCUUGGGAGGAUAAGGAAGAGGAAGAAAUCUUGAAAGCAGUUUCACAACUGGGUCCAAUAGCUAUGCCAAUCAUAUCCAGGAUCCAGCCAGUAGAUAUACGUGCUACAAAAAAUGUUUUUGUUUCAGCAAUUCGUUUUGCCACAUCUACAGGCGGGUUGUUUCCUCCAUUUGGUGAUGAGCUUAGACUUUCUGCCCAAGAACAAGUAGAAUACAUGCUAGGGGAAGAUGAGGAUACACCAUUAGUUACAGCUGAUGAUGAAGUAAAAUCAGUUGUGAGAAUGGGGCUUUCCAAAAUUUUUUCUUCAUUUGAAAAGCAACUGUCCUCCUUGCUUUUGGAUUUCGACCUUGUAUCUGAGGCAGCUGAUGCCAAAAUAUUGCAGACUCUAUCUGAUCUUCAGUGGAUGUGUAACAUACUUCCCAAGAUGGAUCUUAUGAAGGAAUUUGUUUCAAAUUGGGUUGACAUCUCGGGCAAAGUUUUAGGAGUAACUGAAGACAAUAAACUUGAUUAUGUGAUGUGGGGUUUGAAAAUAAAAUUGAUUGAAGUGACGGGAAAGGUAUUGGAAGCAGUUGGCUAUGGAAAUGUGAUUCUUUCAACGCCAUGUCGGGUACGGCUGUUAAAUACAUGGCUGCCUUAUAUAAGGAAGUUGAAACCUCUUUUAGACAUGAAAUAUGAUGAAGACUCAACCUUUCCCUACAAGAUGGAUGAAGAUCUAUGCCAGAGCAUUGAGGGGGCAAUAGUCUCAUUGAUACUAGCAUUGCCAUCAAAUGACCAAGCUGAUAUCCUAGCAGACUGGAUGAAAGCAGACCAGGUUAGAUAUCCUGACCUGAGUGAAGCUUUUGAGGUUUGGUGUUACAGAACAAAGUCAGCAAAGAGAAGAUUGGUAGAAGGCUUAGACAAGGUUGGAAAUGCUUCAGCCUUUGAUUUAUCAAUCUGAUGUUGUUGUAGCAUUAAUUUUUGUAUGGAUGAAUAGUUCUGAUCCCGUCAAUGUAUUAUUUUUACAUAAUGAAGGUUUAUCUGAAGUUUAAAUUC